AUGGCGGAAUCGGAGAUGAGCGUUAGGAGCUGUCGAGAAUUAUGGACUAUUUUGUUGGGGAGAUCUGCAUUGAGGGAGCCGGCUCAGAUAGAGGGAGAGCUUGACAGAAACUGGGACAGACUGCAUCAAGGACUUGGUUACUACAAGCUCCCCAGCUCAUCCUCUGCUGGAAAAGUGAAGGAUAACAAAGAUGUAGCACAGCCUCUAAAGGACUUUGGGUUCAGGAUCAGUAAAUUGUUGAAUCUGGACGAGCAGCAGAGCGUGCAGCUUUUACAGUGGUACCUGCAGGAGGACUACAGAGGAACUCAGGACUCGUUAAAAGUUGUUCUGAAGGAUGAACGGCAAAGCCAGGCACUUCUCAUUAAGAUAGCUGAUUACUAUUAUGAGGAGCGCAUGUGUCUGCUUAGAUGUGUUCUCCUCCUGCUCACAUACUUUCAGGAUGAGCGCCAUCCCUACCGGUCUGAGUACAGUAACUGUGUCAACAAAUUGGAGAAAGACCUGGUGAGCAACUAUCAGUCGCAGUUUGAGAAUCUGUUCAAGGCCGAAGCACCGACAUGGGAAACCCAUGGCAACCUCAUGACUGAGCGGCAGGUCUCACGCUGGUUUAUGCAGUGUUUGAGAGAACAAUCCCUGGUGCUGGAGAUCAUCUUCCUGUACUAUGCGUACUUUGAGAUGAGCCCAUCUGACCUUCUGAAAUUUACCAAAAUGUUCAAAGAACAAGGCUUCGGCUUACGGCAGACCAACAGACACCUAGUAGACAAGAGCAUGGACGCUAUAGUGGACAGAAUUGGAUAUUUGAGCUCUCUCAUCCUGGUGGAGGGAAUGGACAUCGAUUUUCUGCACAAGUGCGCUCUGGAGGAUUGCACAGAGCAGCAUCAGUUUUCUGGGGCCCCUGAUGUCGUUAAGGAGAUGGAUCAGCUGCUGUUGACAUUUGGUGACAUCCCUCAUCAUGGACCCGUGUUGCUGGCCUGGGUCCUGCUGAGACACACCCUCAGACCGGAUGAGUCCAGUCCUGUGGUCAGGAGGAUUGGCAACACUGCUCUGCAGCUGGGGGUCUUCAAGUACCUCUCAGCCAUGCUGAAGGGGCUUGGAGUCUCAGGAAAUAAUUGUACAGCAAGCACAGCCAAAAUGUGUAUCUACGGCCUGCUUUCAUUUGUGAUUACCUCGUUUGAAGAAGAGAGCUUACAGGCUAAUGGUGUGGAGGAAUCUCACCUGAUAGAAGCUGCCUGUGAGGUCCUCUCUGCUCCCAGUUUAGCUGAAGUCUUUUGGGAAAUGAAGCCAAACAGGGGGCUGGGGAUGAUCCUGGACAGCGCAGCUGGGAUGUUCCCCCACAAGAUUGGACCUCUGCUGCAGCUUCUGACCGCACUCGUGUCCAACAAGUCGACUGUAAAGAAGGUGUAUAACUUCUUGGAUAAGAUGUCCUUCUACACACAAGUUUACAAACAUAAGCCCAAUGACAUAAUUUCCAAGGAUGAUGAGACGUUAUGGAGGCGACAGACUCCUAAACUUCUCUACCCUCUGGGCACGGGGCAGACGAACCUGUGGAUGCCCCAGGGAGUGCUGGGUCAGGUGAUGAUAGCCGGGGAGCAGGGCUACAUGGUGAGGUGGGACUACUCGUACAGCGCUUGGACUCUAUUCACCUGCGAGGUGGAGAUGCUGCUGCACGUCGUCUCCACUGCAGAUGUUCUCGCUCACUGUGCUCGUGUGAAGCCCAUCCUGGAUCUGGUCCAUAAGAUCAUCAGCGUGGACUGGACUGUGUCUGACUGUUUGUUGCCUCUAACUUCACGCAUUUACAUGUUGCUGCAGAGGUUAACGUCGGUCAUCAACCCUCCAGUGGAUGUGAUUGCCUCCUGUGUGAGUUGCCUCUCUGUCCUUGCUGCCAGGAUGCCAGGGAAGGUGUGGUCUAGUCUGCAUCACACCGGUUUCCUCCCCUUCGCCUCCAACCCUCUGACCAACAUGGCCCAGUGUAUCAGUGCUGAGGGGAUGAAGGCGGGUAACUACGGCAACCUGUUGGUGCAGAUUGAGCAGCCCAGAGGGGAGUAUGCUGUCACCAUUGCCUUCCUUCGUCUCAUUACAACCUUAGUGAAGGGACAGCUUGGAAACACUCAAAGCAAAGGGCUGAUUCCCUGUGUGCUGCUGGUGUUAAAGGAGAUGCUACCUACAUACCAUAAGUGGCGUUAUAAUACCUAUGGAGUCAGAGAGAGAAUAGGCUGCUAUAUCUUGGAGUUGAUACACGCCAUUCUCAAUCUGAGCCCGGAAGGGGAGGAGCAGGGCAGCACUCCCACCCUGCAGUCCCUUUGUAUCUACAGUUUAGCAAACACAGAAGCUGGACAGGCCGUCGUCAACAUCAUGGGUGUUGGAGUGGACACCAUAGAUGUUGUCCUGGCUGCACAGCCAAGCAGCUCUGGCUCUGAAGGUCCGGGUCAGAUUCUGAUCCAGACGGUCAAACUGGCCUUCUCUGUCACCAACAACGUGAUCCGUCUGAAGCCCCCGUCCGAUGCGGUGUCCCCCCUGGAGCAAGCGCUGACGCAUCACGGCGGCCAGGGCAGUAACCUCAUAGUGGUCCUAGCCAAAUAUAUUUACCACAAACAUGAUCCAGCUCUGCCCCGGCUUGCCAUCCAGCUCCUAAAGCGGCUCGCCACAGUGGCUCCCAUGUCCGUAUAUGCCUGCCUUGGCAGCGAUGCAGCGGCUAUCAGAGAUGCAUUUCUUGCCCGGCUGCAGAGCAAAACGGAGGACAUGAGGAUCAAGGUGAUGAUCCUGGAGUUCCUCACAGUUGCUGUGGAAACUCAGCCAGGCCUCAUUGAACUGUUCCUCAACCUGGAGGUGAAAGAUGGAAACGAGGGGUCUAAGGAGUUUCUAGUGGGGGAGUGGAGCUGCCUCCAUGUGGUGUUGGAUCUAAUCGACUCCAAGCAGCAGGGAAAGUAUUGGUGUCCUCCGCUGCUCCACCGGGCAGCUCUGGCUUUCCUCCUGGCCCUGUGGCAGGAUCGCAGAGACAGCGCCAUAUCUGUCCUUCGCACCAAGGAAAGAUUUUGGGAGAAUUUGACGACUCCUCUAUUUGGAACCCUGACCCCAUCAUCGGACACCGCAGAGCCGUGUGUUCUGGAGGCCUGUGCGUUUGUCAUGAAAAUCAUCGGUCUGGAGAUCUACUACGUCGUCAGUGGUUCUUUGGAGCAGUCCCUGAAAGACGGCCUUCAGAAGUUCUCAAACGCACGGCGCUAUGACUACUGGUCUCAGUAUGUGAAGUCCUUGGUUUGCCAUGUGGCCGAGACUGAAGAGGACGGUAUCUGCUUCUUCCAAGAGACACAGAUGCUGAUUUCUGCUUGGAGGAUGCUGCUGAUUCUGUCCACCACACAUGCUGAUGUGAUGCAUCUAACGGAAGAUUCAACCAAGCUUAAGCUGUUUAUGGAUGUUCUAGAUGGGACUAAAGCUGCUCUGACCACACCCACAUCCAUGGCUUGUUUUCGGCUGGGAUCCAUGAUGGCUACUCUCCUGCUUAUCCUCCUGAAGCAGUGGAGAAGUGUGGUAGCAGCGGCUCCUGACAUCCUUUCUCCACUCUCCAUCAUUCUGGAGAGCGUCCUGCAGGCUGACCACCAAAUGAUGGACAGAACCAAAGCCAAAAUUUUCUCUGCUCUCAUCUCCGUGCUGCAGAUUCAGGGACUCAAUGGUGGAGAUAUUUCCCAGCUGCCCCAGCUGUUGCUCUCAGUGUGUGAGACGGUGAAGGACGAGGCGCUGGCGCUCAUUGACAACACACGACACAUGAGUCAGAUGGGAGACAUGCUGGAGCAGGAGGACAGCAUGGAGACGGACUGUCCUCGCAGUCUGCAGAAGGACCAGAGAGACGGGGUGUGUGUGCUUGCUUUGCACUUAGCCAAAGAGCUGUGCCGCACCGAUGAGGAUGGUGAGCACUGGGUGUCGGUGAUGAGGAAGGUCCCGGUCCUACCGUCAGUCCUGAGCGCCGUGGAGAUCAGUCUGCGCUGCAAACACAACCUCUACUUCACCGAAGCCGCGCUCCACCUGCUCCUGACUUUAGCCCGCACUCCUCAGGGGGCAGCAGCUGUUGCUGGAGCAGGAGUUGUUCAAACCAUUUGCCUCCCCCUUCUGAGUGUGUAUGAGGUCUCCUCUAACGGUGCAUCACAGAGCUUCUCUAGGAAGUCGCAGGACUCUGCCUGCUGGCCAGGCGUGUACCGCCUCUGCAUGUCUCUCAUGGAGAGCCUCCUCAAGACUCUUCGCUACAACUUCAUCAAUGAAGCCCUGGACUUCGUUGGAGUGCAUCAGGAGCGCAUAUUACAGUGUCUGAACGCGGUGCGGACGGUGCAAAGCCUUUCCUGUUUAGACGAGGCGGAUCACACGGUGGGAUUUCUGCUGCAGCUCUCCAGCUUCUGCAAAGAGUGGCAGUUUCAUCUCCCCAAUCUGCUCAGAGACGUGCAGAUAAACCUGUGUUACCUGUGCCAGACAUGCACAUACCUGCUCCACAGCAAAAAGAUGCUCCACCAUUACCUACAGUCUAAGAAUGGUGAAGCGUUGCCUCCUGGCCCUCGAGCUCAGCGGCCUCCUCAGACCUUGAGUAAAGAUGCAGCAUCAGGAGGAGGAGACAGAGAGGAGGCUGAGCAGAAGGCCUUGUUGGCCGUGCAGUGCAGCCUGCUGAAGAUCCUCAGUAAAACUCUGGCUACUUUGCAGCACUUCACUCCAGACUGCUGCCAGAUUCUGCUGGACCAGUGUAUGGACCUGGCUGAGUACAGGACCCUGUUUGUGCUCAGCUUCACAACUCCUGCAUUCGACCCCGAUGUGGCGCCAUCAUUUGGGACCCUGCUGGCCACCAUCAAUGUGGCCCUGGGCAUGCUGAGUGAGAUGGAAAAGAGGAAGGAGCCAGCAUCUCUGAGCAUAGCUUCUCUGGCUUCAUUGGAGGAGAUCCAGGCUCUGAAGUCCUUGCUGAUGUUUACCAUGGAGAACUGCUUCUACGUUCUCAUCUCUCAGGCUGUUCGCUGUCUCAAAGAUCCAACCAUCCUCCCUCGAGACAAACAGAGGCUCAAACAGGAGCUCAGCUCUGAACUGAGCACUCUUCUCUCCAGCCUGUCCCGCCACUUCAGGAGGGGUUCACCAUCUUCCCCAGCUAGCGGCAUCCUGCCCUCUAUUCAGUCCAAACCGCCCACCCCCGGCUCCAAGGCCAGCCAUGAAGGCCAGGAGCACAUCAUCCAGCUGGUUCAGGCCUUCGUCAGACUUGUUCAAAGAUAAAUGUUGGAGUUUGGUCCUUUAUACAAACAAAAUCCUACAUUUCUGACAUAUUUUCAAAUGGAACAUUUUCUAGCGGAAAGCCCUAGUUUGAAGUAAACAGAUGUUGUUCAGGGCCUUGAAAUGUUUGACAUUAAUGUUCAAUAUUCAGAGUUCAACUGAAUAUUUCUACCAUAACUUGAAUACAGCCUGAUAUCUUUCAAACUUAUUUUGAUGGAGAACUGAGUCUGUAGGGAUCUUGGUGCUCUUUCUUCUUUAUUUGCUGACAGGUCCAUCAUUCCCAGGCCUAGUUUUAUAGGUCACUGACAACCUGAUGACUAGAAACGUCUAAAGUGCUACUUAAAUAUAUCCUCUGCAUGACCAUUUAAAAAAAAUCCUAUUCAGCUUCUGUCUUUUUGUUUUCACUUUUCUUUUUAAAAUAAGUUCUUGCUCAGAAGUGAUGGCCAAAAUUUGUAAUUUCAAAACAACUGUAUGUUAUUAAAGGAAGUUUUGUAUCACAGUAAAAGUUUGUUUUUCUUUCAAAUCAAACUGCAUCAGACCUCUGGGAUUCAACAUGAUAGUUUCCUUUACUGCAUUUGAACACAUUUCCCCACAGUAGCUUAAAGCCAUCUCACACACAAGCUAAAACAGUAAUAAAAUACUUUGCCAUAUAAAAAUUGAUAAAGGAAAAAUAUUUUUUUACAGCAUUGGAUGGAUUGCUAUUUACAAAGGCAUUCUUUUAAAAUAAACAUACAACUUGAGUACCUCAGUAAAAACAAAAAAAGUAAAGGUUGUGCAAUUCGGGUAAAAAAAAAAAAAAAAAAAA